UGUGUAAAGCGGUUAUAUUUCAGUAAGCGGUUACCCGCGGAUGGUCGGAACAACGUCAAAACCGUUUAACCAACAAAGAUGUAAUCGUUUGUGAUAAGAGCGUUUUUCAAUUUUGGCGGUUAAAUAUGAUGAGGUGGUCGCAGUGUUUCUGUUGUUCUGCGUCAGCGGCUUUACGUUGUGUGUUAAAUCUGCAUUGUGUUGAGCUCCGUCAAUUGUUUUCUUUGCCGUACACGUUUGCGGUCGCCACACACAAAACCAUGUCUUCGAAUAAAUCCGAUAAAAUCUACACGGUGUUGAUCGAAGGAAACGUCGGCAGUGGCAAGACAACGUUUCUUGAACGGUUUGCCGAUUGUCCAAACGUGCUUCUCGCUAAAGAACCGGUACACAAGUGGCAAAAUGUCGACGGAUACAAUUUUUUGGGACUGAUGUACGACGAUCCAAAACGCUGGAGCUUUGCUUUCCAGUCUAUUGUACAAAGGACCAUGUUAGAAAUGCACCAGUUGAGACCUAAUUCUAACCAGAAUAUUAAAAUUAUGGAAAGGUCUAUUUAUAGUGCCAGAAACAUAUUUGUUGAAAACUUGUUCAAAGAUAAUUAUUUGUCUGCACCGGAAUACGCUGUGCUCGAUGCGUGGUACAAAUGGCUAACGGAAAAUGUUGAAAUUGAAUGUGACCUCAUUAUUUACCUCAGAACCGAACCUGAAGUGGCUUAUAAAAGAAUAAAAACUAGGGGUCGAUCUGAAGAAAAGGCUAUUCCUUUUGAACACAUUAAACAUCUUCACGAGUUGCAUGAAAAAUGGUUAAACGUAGAAAGGACUAAAGUUCCAAACGCUACACCAGUGGUUGUUGUUGAUGCAAACCAAAAUAUGGAGUAUGUAGAAAAAGAGAGUAAAUAUAUUAGAGACUUAAUCACGGCAAAUGCAUCUGCAUCUGCAGUGGUGGAGUCACAGGUCAAAGACAAAAGUAAUAAUGAUAAUGACCAAAUAUUAAAAGAUAUCCAUAAAAUAUCGCCCAAAUGUAAGUUAAUAUCAGAUGCAGCUAUUAUUCCAGUUCAACGGGUAUAGAAAGUACAAGUUUAUUCAGGAUAAAUAAUUAACCAUUAAUAUUAAGAAUAUGUCGAUAAUAACUUGUCAAUUAAGUGAUUGAUUAAUUUUAAUUAAAAAAAAAAAAAAAGAAUUUGACAAAAACUAGAAGUAUAGGUUAAGAGUUCUGUGUAUUAUUUAUAUAUUAUAUUUUUACUAAUUUUUUUUUUUUAUAUUAGAUAUAUUAAUUAUCUUCUAGUAUCAAACCAUAGUUUGGUUAAAGCAUUAUUAUCUUUGAUAUUUGUGUGCGUAUAAAUUAAUGUUGUAAAUAAAUAAGUGUGGAUAACUGUUUUUAUAACAAAACACAGACGAAUUGUAAGGAACAGAAUUUUUAUUACCAUAUUUUAUUAGUAAAGCAAUUUCCAGGUUCGUAAAAAGUUGCACUAAGAGGCUGGUACCAAAUUUGUUAAUAACAAUUUAUUAUAAUAAAACAAAUAAUAACUGGAAAAUGAAA